UCCCGCUCGGCCACGGCACCGCUGCGGGCCACCCAGGAUUAUUCGCUUCUGGCUCCAGGCGCCGAGAAGGCGCGCUGGGUGCCCGUGGCCGCCGCGCCAGCUGCUCCUCCUCCUACUGCUUCUGCUCCCCGGGCGAGCGCGCAGCCCGGAGCCCGCCCCGCGCCUCCCGGAGCCCUCCCCCCGCUGCUCCCAUGCGUGCGGGUGGGUCAUGAGCACAGCGCCCUCGCUUUCUGCCCUAAGAAGCAGUAAGCACAGCGGCGGCGGCGGCGGCGGCGGCAGCAGUGCGGACCCUGCCUGGACCAGCGCGCUCUCUGGAAAUAGCUCCGGCCCCGGCCAAGGCUCGUCCCCGGCCGGCAGCACCAAGCCUUUUGUGCACGCUGUGCCCCCCUCUGACCCUCUCCGCCAGGCUAACCGCCUGCCCAUCAAGGUGCUGAAGAUGCUGACGGCACGGACUGGCCACAUUUUGCACCCCGAGUACCUGCAGCCCCUGCCUUCCACUCCCGUCAGCCCCAUCGAGCUUGAUGCCAAGAAGAGCCCGCUGGCGCUGUUGGCGCAAACAUGCUCACAGAUCGGGAAGCCCGACCCCUCGCCCUCUUCCAAGCUCUCCUCUGUCGCUUCCAAUGGGGGCGGCGCGGGCGGUGCCGGCAGCGGCGCCGGGGGCGACAAGGACGCAAAGUCGGGCCCCCUCAAGCUGAGCGACAUCGGCGUGGAGGACAAGUCGAGUUUCAAGCCGUACUCCAAACCCGGCUCGGAUAAGAAGGAGCCGGGAGGCGGCGGCGGCGGAGGCGGUGGUGGCGGGGGCGGCGGCGGGGGGGUUUCAGCAGAGAAGUCCGGAUUCCGGGUACCGAGCGCCACCUGCCAGCCAUUCACGCCCAGGACAGGCAGCCCAAGCUCCAGCGCCUCGGCCUGCUCGCCAGGAGGCAUGCUGCCUUCGGCCGGGGGCGGCCCGGAGGGCAAGGACGACAAGAAGGACCCCGACGUGGGCGGCGGCGGUGGCAGCAGCAAGGGUUCCGGGGGCACCUCGGCCGAAGGGGGACCCACGGGGUUGGCGCACGGCCGGAUUAGCUGCGGCGGAGGGAUUAAUGUGGACGUUAACCAGCACCCAGAUGGGGGCCCCGGGGGCAAGGCUCUAGGCUCAGACUGCGGCGGCUCAUCCGGCUCCAGCUCCAGUUCAGGCCCCAGCGCGCCCACCUCCUCCUCGGUACUGGGCUCUGGGCUGGUGGCUCCGGUAUCACCCUACAAGCCGGGCCAGACAGUGUUCCCUCUGCCUCCUGCGGGCAUGACCUAUCCAGGCAGCCUGGCUGGGGCCUACGCUGGCUACCCGCCCCAAUUCCUGCCACACGGCGUGGCACUUGACCCCACCAAGCCAGGCAGCCUGGUGGGGGCGCAACUGGCGGCGGCCGCGGCGGGCUCUCUGGGCUGCAGUAAGCCGGCCGGCUCCAGCCCCUUGGCCGGGGCGUCGCCGCCAUCCGUGAUGACAGCCAGUUUGUGCCGGGACCCGUACUGCCUCAGCUACCAUUGCGCCAGCCACCUGGCAGGGGCGGCGGCAGCCAGCGCUUCGUGCGCUCACGAUCCGGCCGCGGCGGCCGCGGCGCUCAAGUCAGGAUACCCGCUGGUGUACCCCACGCACCCGCUGCACGGCGUGCACUCAUCGCUAACAGCUGCCGCCGCUGCCGGAGCCACACCGCCCUCCCUGGCCGGCCACCCCCUCUACCCCUACGGCUUCAUGCUCCCUAACGACCCGCUCCCCCACAUCUGCAACUGGGUGUCGGCCAACGGGCCCUGCGACAAGCGCUUCGCCACGUCCGAAGAGCUGCUGAGCCACUUGCGGACCCAUACGGCCUUCCCCGGGACAGACAAACUGCUGUCGGGCUACCCUAGCUCAUCGUCUCUGGCCAGCGCUGCCGCGGCCGCCAUGGCUUGCCACAUGCACAUCCCCACGUCGGGCGCUCCGGGCAGUCCCGGGACGCUGGCGCUGCGCAGCCCCCACCAUGCGCUGGGACUCAGCAGCCGCUACCACCCCUACUCCAAGAGCCCGCUCCCCACACCCGGCGCUCCUGUGCCGGUGCCCGCCGCCACCGGACCCUACUACUCCCCCUACGCCCUCUACGGACAGAGACUGACCACGGCCUCGGCGCUGGGGUAUCAGUGAGGGCGGUGGGGAGGGUUAGCGAGGGAGAGAAAGGAGCAGGGGGGGAGGGAGGAGCCGAGGGAAGGGUGGGAACAGGGGAGAGGCUACUGUCAGCCGCGCGUGGGGAUGACCCGGGCCAGGAAAGGAAGAAUAUAUAUACCGUAUCUAUCUACCCAAAACAGCGACCGAGACCCGGUGGGAAAUUCCCCUUUCCCCCCACCUCUCACCUCCCCACCCACCCAAACUUUAUAAAA